CCUCGUCAGUUAUACACACGAAGCUUAUGUGUUAAGUGUGUCAUUAUCGUUGCCGAUAUGUCACUUGUUACGUCACUAAUGUGCCGAUUGCGUUGCUGUAAUAUCAGUUCCGCCCCGAUCAUGUCCACUGCCAUACUACGCUUAAAGUAUAUAAACAGAAAAGAUGCCAACAUGAGCCUUCAUCAGCAGACCGUACAUCUACCUGAUCCGACAAAAAACGCGUCGUACAAUCUAUCAAAGUCAACCGUUAGUAACGGAGCAAAUGACACAAAUCGCCGAAUAUACGUAGUUCGCCAUGCCGAGCGUGUAGACUUUGUGUUCGGCGAAUGGAUACCGCCCUGUUUCGACGAAUCGGGACAAUAUGUGCGUAAAGAUUCGAAUAUGCCGAAACAUUUGCCAGUCCGAAUUAACAGUCCGUCGGCAUGGCUACUGGACUCACCAAUUACCAACAUUGGGCGGUGUCAAGCGAGACUGACUGGCGAUGCGAUGAAAGAGGCUGGAGCUGUGAUUUCGUAUGCAUACUGUUCACCGUCUUACCGAUGUGUUCAGACGUGCCACGGAAUAUUAGAAGGUCUAGGUAUGACUCACGUUAAAAUUCGAAUUGAAUUCGCUCUGUUCGAGUGGAUGCUAUUUUAUCGAGACAAUAAGCCGGAAUGGUGCACAAAAGACGAAUUGUAUGCCGAUAACUUUAACAUCGACAUGGAGUACGAACCGAUGAUGUCAAAAAAAGAGCUACUCGAUUUGACCAAUGAAAAUUGUGAGGAGUUUUACCGACGAAACCAUUCUGUAGUUGAACAGUUUCUCAAAUCGCACGCGUCAGGUAAUGCCCUAAUGGUCGGCCAUUCAUGUACGCCGGAAACGUGUACUCGUUUACUGGUCGGUAAAGAACCAAGGACAAAAGGUGAACUCUUCAGUGUGCUACAAAAAGUCCCAUACUGUGGCAUGGUCGCAGCGGAAUACUCGCCAGCCACAAAUGAGUGGCAAUUAAGAGAUUCCAGCGGUUUUUCAGUAACGCACAAGCAAAAUGAUAGACUUGAGUGGAGUGCCAUUGACAAUUGAAAUGUUUCUUUGCGAACAGAAAUGUUAGAUGGUUACAUGAGGCUAUAAUACGAAAAUGGUAGCAGCGAAAUGGCUGGGCUGACUCUAAAUAUUUUUUUAUUGUUUCAUAUUACACAGUAUUAAAUUGUCAAUAAACGUUUCAAUAGUCC